AUUUACCUGAAUAAUUAAUUAGUAAAUCAGUGAUUAGUGAUAAAGUGAUACAAAUUGACAUUCAAAUGGAAAACUUUUCGUGAUAAGUUGUUGAUAUUUAGUGUCACGAUUAAUUGUACUCUUUUAAUAUGUUAAUUCAAUUCAACCCAUGGAAAUAUUAAGAGAAUCAGUAAACAAAAGAAAGACAAAGAGAUCGAGAAAGAGAGAGAAAAAAUUAUAAAAGUUCGAAAGAAAAGUAAGAGAAAUAAAAAAAUAAACGAAAGAAAAUGAGUAACAUUUGUUAUUUGUCGAUUCGAAACUCGAAGAGUCGUCUCAUUGUAGUUAAACCUGAUUAUCGAUCUGAAUCGAGUUUCCAUCAAUUGUUUGUCAUGAUAAAGAAAAGAAACUAGAAGAACCUUGCGUCGAAUUUCCUUCUCUUCGAAUUUUCCUCAGAAACAUUUUCAUUCUCAUUUCCUUUCGGGUUAAACUGAUUUAACCAGAAUUUCGUCUUUUUUUUACCUGUUUACCCUAAAUUCUGAUAAUAAAUAAGACAAAUAUCAUAUCCUCCCAACGUAUUCAUCUCGAUUGACUUGAUCGGUUAAUCUCCUUCUCUCUUUAUCCUUCCUUGUAUUUCUUAAUCAACUGAAUAAAAUUAUUUUUCUUCUCAAUUAAUUUCCAAUUGAUCAUAGACAAACAAUCAGUGUUCAAUAUAUUAAUUCAGUGUAAAAGUCUCUUUCUUUAUCUCUUUCUUUCUUGUCUUCUGUGUCUCUUUCUCUCUCUCUCUCUCUCUCUCUCUCUAUUGUGUUUACACCUUCGGAUUAAUUAAUUGGAAAUAUAUUCCAAUUGUUUCGUGUUAUUUGUGCUUCAGAAUUAAAUUAUCUUAAACAAUUUAACUUCCACCAUCUUCCUAGUCUGUUACAAUUAAAUUCUAUUAACAAAUACUAAUAAUGUCUGGUCGUGGUAAGAAAGACGAGAAAGAUGUUGAAAAGGGUAAACCAGAGGCCGAUCAACAAGACGAUGAUCCAGAUAAACCUAAGCCAUCACAAAAUGUUCAGAUCGCCCAGAAAAGGAUGCAGCAAACUCAAGCUCAGGUCGAUGAGGUCACGGAAAUAAUGAGAAUGAAUGUAGAGAAAGUGUUGGAACGUGAUGCAAUGAUUUCACAAUUAGACGAAAGAGCCGAUGCCCUGAAGGAAGGCGCCGAAAUGUUCGAGAAACAAGCGGGAGCCCUUAAAUCAAAAUACUGGUGGAAAAACGCUAAAAUGAUCGCGGUUAUGGUCGGAGUGGGACUUGUUUUCGUUCUCGUUAUAUUUGCUUGGUUUUCGGGUAAUUAAUUGUUUCCAUUUAAUGAAUAACAAACCAAACAAUCAACCUAAACACACACACAACACACACAAAAAUACAUAUAACAUUCACAACAAUUAACAUUCACCACCACCACAACCACCACAACCACCGAGCGACAACAAUUAAAACUGAUUUUCCCUAAUAAAUUUCACGUAAAAAAAACAUUUAUCAACAAUUAAUAUAAUCAAAAUCCACAUGAAUUGACAAACCCAAUUAACUGAUUAACAUCAUCAUCAACAACAACAAUUUGGAUUGAUUUUUUUUUUCCUCUUCUUGUUUUGGAUUUGAUCAAACAAAUGAUUACUUUUCAAUUGGGUUAUAAUGAUUUACAAUUUGGUGGAACAAUUAAUUGGCCAGAAGAUGAUUGAUUAAAUCUAAUUACUAAUUGCGAGUGUUUCGUUUCUCCCCUUGUUUCGCAUUCGACGAUCCAUCAACUAUAAAUACUAUAUAUAAAUCGUUGCUAAAUCGUUGAUUUAGUAAUUAAUUCCCUCUCCUCAUCUCUCUCCCAUCCAUUAAAUCAUCUCGACUAUUAUAUUAACGAUAAUCUACCUGAGGAAAUCUUCGGCUUCACCAUGAUUUGUCUUCAUCAUUCUCUCAUCAUUUAAUGAAACUUGAACCUCGUCUCGAACUUUGAACCAUCGUCGUGGACUCGAUCUUCUCGAUCUCAAUAUCCGCUUCCUCCUCUCUCAUCUCAUCAAUGUUUUUCCUCUUCUCCUGUUUAUGUUUUUAUUUUCAUUUUCGUUUUACAAUCAACAACAAAUCUAAGAAAAUGAGUUUUAAUCAAAGAGAAAAUUAAGAAAAACAAUUUAAUGAUUAGUGGUAAAUAAAGUCUAUCUUAUCCGAUUUACCUGAAUGAUUGUGACAAUUAAUUGUAAUUAAGUUCUGUUAACAUUGAUUUACCUUUAAAAGGACAAAGAGAAACCAUAACAAUUAACUAAUUAGUUUACAGUUUACAAAUUGAUUGAUUUAUUUACUUGAUUGUGAAUUGCGAGAAUCAAAUUUUGUUUUUAAUCAUCAUCAUCUCUAUUCUUAAUCAUUUACUCCUCUGAUUGCAAACAAUUAAAACAUCAUCAAUGAGAGUUUCCAAUGUUAAUCAAACCUCUUCCUCUUUGCACAUUAACAAUUUGCUUGUUUUUCAAUUAAAAAGGAAAUUUAAUUUCAUCGCCAAUCUAAAUCAUCACACAAUCAAUUGAGAUGAGGAUCUAAUUUAAUUUAAUUUAAAUGAUGAUAAUAACUUUUGAUCAGUCAAAUUUUAACAAUCGUAAUGUUUUAAUGUUAACAAAAAGUUUUUCUUUGUUUCGUUUUUUUUUUGCUUGAAAAGUAUUACAACAAUUAACUAACAAUUAACAUCAUCACCAUCAUCUCAUCAACAAAAUAAACGGAAAAAUAUUUAUUGGAAACUCAAUCAAAACAGCAAUUAACUAAUAACAAACACAACCAAAUCAACAGAGUAGACUUACAAUAUAAAAUAUAAAUUGGGAAAAUUAACAAUUAAAUUAAAUACUUUUUGUGUAUAUGAUAUAAUUAACUACCGAAAAAUAUAUAUGCAUGAAUAAAAAACAAUCUGUUUCACAA